AUGUAUCCACUGGCCCCUGACAUAAGAUCUGGAUUUGACAGCUCAGUUACACAUGAACGUCGCCGUGAACUGGCCCCCAUCGUUUCUACAAGCAUAGCCAUGGAGGCAGAAACUCAGCCGCUGCUACAGGCACCAUAUGAAUGCCGCGCAGAGAGUGAUAUCGAGCCGAGCACUGGCCGCGACGGCCUUCCUACCGCGACGCCAGGCAAAUACCUCAGCUGGACAAGCGCAUACAUCCUCGUAGUCUCACGGGUCAUCGGCAGCGGCAUCUUCGCGACCCCGGGCUCGAUCGUAAAGUCAUCAGGCAGUAUCGGGCUCUCGCUUUUGCUCUGGGGCGCCGGAACCGUCCUUGCGGCAUGUGGAAUGGUCAUAUCGAUGGAGUACGGGUGCAUGCUGCCUCGUUCAGGCGGCGAUAAGGUAUACCUCGAGUAUACCUACCCUAAACCUAGAUACCUGGCGUCUACGCUCGUUGCUGUGCAGGCCGUUCUCUUGGGGUUUACGGCAAGCAACUGCAUCAUCUUUGCAAAGUACACGGUGUUUGCGUUCGGCGGCGCACCCACAGAGCUCACUCAUAAGCUCUUUGCGACGGGUCUGCUGACCCUCAUCACUAUUGUCCACGGCCGGUUCCGUCAGACGGGCAUCUGGAUCCAGAACGUGCUGGGAUGGCUGAAGAUCUUCCUGAUCUCAUCGAUUUCCCUGACGGGGAUCUGGGUCAUCCUCCUCCGGCCAAGUGGAAUUGAGAGCGGUGCCGGCGCUGCAUCUGCGGCAAUGGAUCAGGGCUUGAUGAACUGGGAUACCCUCUGGGAGGGCUCAAACUGGAGCUGGAAUCUCCUUUCGACCUCGCUUUUCAAGGUCCUCUACUCGUAUGCCGGCCUGAAUAAUGUCAAUAAUGUGCUUGGCGAAGUGCGCGAUCCUAUCCGCACACUCAAGACGGUUUGUCCGGCCGCACUCUUAACAUCGGCGGCGCUGUAUUUGCUAGCCAACCUCUCGUACUUCCUUGUUGUCCCGCUUAACGAGAUUAAGCAGAGUGGAGAGCUUGUUGCGGCCUUGCUUUUCGAUCGUCUGUUCGGUCCGCGUGUAGGAGGAACGCUGUUCCCUUUUGCUAUCGCCGUCUCUGCGGCAGGUAAUGUCAUGGUUGUCACAUUUGCGCUGGCCCGAGUCAACCAAGAGAUCGCUCGGCAGGGCUUCCUCCCUUGGGGCGACCUCCUCUCCUCAUCGAAACCAUUCGGCACCCCCCUCUGGGGCUUGAUAGUGCACUACAUCCCAUCAAUCCUGGUCAUAACCCUCCCACCGCAAGGCGACGUCUACAACUUCAUCCUAGAUGUCGAGGGCUACCCGGGUACGAUUUUCGGUCUCGCCAUCACAGUCGGCAUGCUGAUUCUGCGGUAUCGCGAGCCGUACCUGACCCGUCCAUUCAAAGCGUGGUUACCCGCUGUUUGGCUACGGAUCGUUGUGUGCUUGGCCCUCCUGGUUUCACCGUUUAUUCCCCCUCCAGGGCACAAGGGUGAUGUGGAGUUUUUCUAUGCGACGUAUGCCGUUGUCGGGACCGGAGUGCUUGCCUUUGGAGUGAUUUACUGGUACGUGUGGACAGUCUUGCUUCCCAGAUGGGGCGGGUAUAAACUCGAGGAGGAGGAGAAGGUGCUGGACGACGGAACAGCUGUUACAAGAUUGGUAAAGGCGUAA